AUGGAUGGAUUUUAUGACCAGCAAGUGCCUUACAUGGUCACCAAUAGUCAGCGUGGGAGAAAUUGUCACGAGAAACCAACCAAUGUCAGGAAAAGAAAAUUCAUUAACAGAGAUCUGGCUCAUGAUUCAGAAGAACUCUUUCAAGACCUAAGUCAAUUACAGGAAACAUGGCUUGCAGAAGCUCAGGUACCUGACAAUGAUGAGCAGUUUGUGCCAGACUAUCAGGCUGAAAGUUUGGCUUUUCAUGGCCUACCACUGAAAAUCAAGAAAGAACCCCACAGUCCAUGUUCAGAACUCGGCUCUGCCUGCAGUCAAGAACACCCCUUUAAAUUCAGCUAUGGAGAAAAGUGCCUGUACAAUGUCAGUGCCUAUGAUCAGAAGCCACAAGUGGGAAUGAGGCCCUCCAACCCCCCAACACCAUCCAGCACUCCAGUGUCCCCACUACAUCAUGCAUCUCCAAACUCAACUCACACUCCGAAACCUGACCACGCCUUCCCAGCUCACCUCCCUCCGUCACAGUCCAUGCAAGACAGCAGAUACCCCAUGGAUCACAGGUUUCGCCGCCAGCUUUCUGAACCCUGUAAUUCCUUUCCUCCUUUGCCAACGAUGCCAAGGGAAGGACGUCCUAUGUACCAACGGCAGAUGUCUGAGCCCAACAUCCCCUUCCCACCUCAAGGCUUUAAGCAGGAGUACCACGACCCAGUGUAUGAACACAACACCAUGGUUGGUGGCGCGCCCGGCCAAAGCUUCCCCCCACCUCUGAUGAUUAAACAGGAACCCAGAGAUUUUGCAUAUGAUUCAGGCUGUAUGUUUGAAAAGGGCCCCAGGCAGUUCUAUGAUGACACCUGUGUUGUCCCCGAGAAAUUCGAUGGAGACAUCAAGCAAGAGCCAGGAAUGUAUCGGGAAGGCCCCACAUACCAGCGGCGGGGAUCCCUUCAGCUCUGGCAGUUUUUGGUAGCUCUUCUGGAUGACCCCUCAAAUUCCCAUUUCAUUGCCUGGACCGGGCGAGGCAUGGAAUUCAAACUGAUUGAGCCCGAAGAGGUGGCCCGGCGUUGGGGCAUUCAGAAAAACAGGCCAGCUAUGAACUAUGAUAAACUUAGCCGUUCGCUCCGCUAUUAUUAUGAGAAAGGUAUCAUGCAAAAGGUGGCCGGCGAGAGAUACGUCUACAAAUUUGUGUGCGAUCCAGAGGCCCUCUUCUCCAUGGCCUUCCCAGACAACCAGCGCCCACUGCUCAAGACGGACAUGGAGCGCCACGUCAACGAGGAGGACACGGUGCCCCUGUCCCACUUCGACGAGAGCAUGGCCUACAUGCCCGAGGGGGGCUGCUGCAACCCCCACCCCUACAGCGAAGGCUACGUGUACUAG